GCGGGGCUCUUACGUGCAGCAACAUUGACGUACUUGACUGCAUCACAGCAAAUGUUCUUAUUUUUAUUGCUGUUUUUUGAGGAUCUUCGUCUUAUUGAAAACAUUUAAUGCGACAAAUUGUUGCACGAUUCGCCAGAAUGUCCGUCACCACAAACCUCAACGUGCAAACGUUCCCCCGCCCGCCACGCCUGGAGAAGAUCGGCCGACAUCUCCAAAUCAAGUUCCAUGACCAGCUCGUUGUCGAUACAAAGGAUGCAUACUGGGUGCUUGAGACACACCAUCCACCAACAUACUACAUUCCUCCCGACGCGGUCAAGGUCCCGCUGGAAAAGACAAGCCGCCAGAGCUACUGCGAAUGGAAAGGAAUGGCCGCCUACUACAGUCUCACAGUUGGCGACGACAAGGUGUCCAAUCGCAUCUGGGCCUACCCGCAGCCAACCAAGGGCUUCCUCCCUAUCCGCGACUACCUCUCCUUCUACGCGGAUCCCUGGGACUGCUAUGUCGACGGCGAAAAGGUCGAGGCUCAGCCCGGCGACUUUUACGGCGGCUGGGUGACAAAGGACGUUACAGGCAUUGUCAAGGGAAGAAAUGGAAACUGGGAUCCCGUGGUUUGAUUGGUUUUUCUAUAACUACUAUAGAGUUUCCACAGACGACGCGGCGCCAGGCACCCAGUUAGUAGGCAACACAGGUUUGAUCGACCUGUAAGACACGGUUAGCCAAAUCCCAGGGUAAUUUGACCCAAAAGGCUUGAAUGUUAUUACACAGUUUAGGCGCAUGUUGGGGCAACAUUCAAAGAGACGGUAGUCGCAUCGGCCGCCGGCCUCACUGCACAUGGGACGACGUUCAAAGACGUCGCUGGCCGUGAUGAGGCUAGCCAUGAGACCGAGGACAGCAAAGGUGAUUCUCAUUGUGUAUAGUGGAUAUAUCUUGACAGAGUACAAAUAUCUACAGCAAAAUCGCACAGGUUCUCAAGCGCAGCAUGCGCAGGCUUUUAUAGACGCGCCGGCAGCUACUCCCCCAAAGACAGCCUCAGCUGCCGCCUCGAUUCUCUCGCGUCUCUUCGGCCUGUCGCUCUUUGAUUCCGCGUAAUCCGGGGCUCUGGCUGUAAUAAAGACAGCCUUUAGUCUGACUUGCAUAUUCGUGAUACUCCAGUUUGCUCGUUGUCUGCUCGUCGAUGCACCAAAUGAGGCUAGAUGGGACGGCGCCUCCCUCAGCUGAGAUGCAGCACCGCGGGGGUGGCGCUGCGAUUCACGCAAAAUCCGGCAUCUUUUGCUAUGUAAAGGAGGUCAUUCCUUAUAUGUUCAUUUGGUGGCGAGCCAAUUUAUAUUUGAUUUCUUACGUUAUAGCCGUGGUUGUGUAGGCUAGAGUUGGGCGCCACCUCGACAAAAGUCCAAUCUCGUGCUAACCUAUAGGGUUGCUCGACGACAGAAGCCGUGUCCCAACCGUCCGACACUUGCGGUUUUUAUCCUAUUUUCUUCAUGUUGCCUAUAGAAAUCGCAUGCGCGUAUUUAUAGCCCGGGAUAUAAAUAGUCAUAACCACGCAAUUCGUCCCAAUGCAAUAGAUACAACGAGCAAAGCUAGCAACAUGACUUCCCGAAAGUAGCACGUGUGGUAGGAAGCACACCCACAAUACAUAGAUACAAAAUGUAAAACUUACUGCUAUAUAUUCCACAUAGUCUAUACAUCCAUGCCG